AUGAACGUUUGUACACCUAAUAUCUCAUGGCAUGGAUGUGAUCCCGUAUAUUCAUGUGCGAUCAAUCCAGUCGAUUCGAAACGUCUAGCUACAGCUGGCAUGCGAGGCUCGAUCUAUCUUUGGGAUAUCGAUUGUCCGUCAGCGCAACAACCGCUAAUUACGUUUAUUUCAUCACUUGCCGGGGCACAUUUAGAAUCGGUGAACUGUAUUCGAUGGAAUUCGAAAGGAACACAUUUAGCUAGUGGAAGUGACGAUAGUAAUAUUUUUAUUUGGACUAAAGCUCCUGUAGCGACGACAGCAACUUCCUCGGACUCGAAUGUAACCGUUGUGACAAAAACAAAUCAAGCAACGACAACAGCCACGACUACCGCCAAUGAUAAUGACAAUGUACUUGGCUGGGAUAAAGAUAUACCUGAAUCGAAAGAACGAUGGUUGAAAAGUUUACCAUAUAAAAGUCAUUUAGAACCGGUAUUAGAUCUCGCAUGGUCAAGAGAUGAUCAAUUACUGAUUAGUGGUUCAGUCGAUAAAAAAGUCGUUGUCUGGAAUGUGAAUAAACGUGAAAAAAUCUCUAUUCUCGAUGAUCCAAAAGGUUUCGUUCAAGGUGUAGCUAUUCAUCCCUGGCGUAAACACAUUGCUGUAAUGAGCACUGAUCGUUCAUUACGCAUCUAUGCGAUGAAAGCAGAAACCGGUUCAGUUUCUCGAUGCGUAUACAAUAUUCGAAAGAUUAAACCAGCCAAUAUCAAACAAGAAAACGGUGCUCUCAUGUUUAUUGAUGAAACGUCAAUGACAUUUUUUCGACGUUGUGCUUAUUUACCCGACGGUAGUCAAUUGAUAGUUUCAGGUGGAUGUUUGGACAAGGCUUUUUUGGAUGCAUACAAUAAUGAAGAAAAUGUUGAACAAAAAGAAGAAGAAACGACUAAGCCAACAAACGAAUUCGACGAACCCGAAACUCAACUUAUUCAAGAAAACGGAAAUACGGAAGAAAAACCUAGUACAGCACCGUUACCUGCUAAAUUGAUCGAUGUCAAUUGUGCAUAUACAUUUGCAACAUCUGGUCCAAAGUUCGAUCGACCUUUAUCGAUUUUACCCAUUAUGAAUGAUCAAGAGGUCAUUGCGAUUUCAGUUUGCCCUUCGUUAUUUCCAUCGACAUCAUCUGCUGCCCCAUAUCGAAUGCUAUUUGCCUUGAUUACAAAGACAUCUCUAUUCUUCUACGAUCAAGUAUCCUUAGAACCAUUUGCUUACGCACGUCGUAUCCAUCUCUUAUCACUUACUGAUGGAUGUUGGUCACAUGAUGGUCGUCUAUUUGUGGCAUCAUCAGAAGAUGGUUAUGUAACAUUCGUCACUUUUACUGAUCAAUGUCUUGGUGGACCUUGUUUACCUGACUCGGAUAAAAUCUUAGAUGAGAUGAUGAUUAAUGCAUUAACACCACCAACAUCCACAGCAUCACCAGCAACGACGGCGACAGUUUCAUCGGUGACAUCAUCUUCUUCCUCCUCUGUAACACCAUCAUUAACAACACCAAAUUUAAUAACAAUGGCAAUGCAGCAAAAGAAAAAAUGA